AUGGCUGGCAGCAAAGGAGGUGAAGCACCAGGAGGAAAGGGACUGACUGAAGCUACCAUCCAGGACGCUCCUCCCGGUACGCGCAAGAGUCUGCUCAGCAACUUUGAUUUCGAUGGUGAGUGCAAGUGUUUCAGAAGAUGCGCCAGCGAAGCAAGUCACAAGAGCGAGGAGCGCGUGGGUGGGAGAGCGGCGAGUGCGAGUGCGAGCGGCGGAUCAGCGGAUGCGUUCAAAAGCAUCCAGCUUGACGCUAUGAAUACCAAGCGACACCUUCCGAUGAGCAAAUGAGGCUAGCCCUCCCCUCCCCCCCCUUUUCGCCCGCCCUGACAUUCGCACUGGCCACCCCCGCAGAGCUCAUCAAGACUCAUCUGGCAUCUCAGAACAGCGUGGUUAGCAACGUGGCGCUGUUUGACAAGGAGGAUGGCCAACCCGUAGGAGCGUGAGUCACCCGUCUUCAUGUGUGCACCUGCCUCUCCAAGUAGGCCCUGAUGGUGCCAUGCCACCCCGAUGCCCGCUCAUCGUGUGUCUCAACUUUGCCCUCUCAUCCUCGUAGCACCAUCCCAUCCUUUGCCAACGCCUUUGCUCCAGAAGAGGUGAACAACCUGUUGGAUAUCUUUACUCGUCUUUCAUCCCCUGCAGGUGAUAUUUCCAAUGUGGACAAGAUCACGUUGGGAGGAACAGAGUACACUCUUUCAGGUCCUCGCGGUAAUCAGUAUCCAGCCGAGAUUGCAUCUUUGCACUCCGACAAGGUGAGUAUGUGCGCAUGUGCGCCCACUGCCAAGAGGGCUGUUUUGAUCUGCUGUACCCACCACUCUUGUUGCUCGCCUCGCUUACCCGCUCAUCCAUCCGCUUGCUCGCCGGCCGGCCGCUCAUGGAUCUCGCAGAACGUCCUCUUUGCUACGCCCACCGCUACUUUGCUUCUCGUGCUCGAAGCUGCUCCUGGCGCCGACACCAAGCAAGCGACGGACGCAAAGCAGGCAUUCUACACUGCGGUCAAGUCCUUCAACGAGGCUUUGGCAAGCAAGGGCCUGUAG